AUGUCUUUGGUACCUUCCACGGGGAUCGACAGCACACUAAUGUCGGAAGUCGACAUGGGCGGUGCCUCCGAUUCGUCUACCACCAUGGUGCGGGCUACGGUGGUGCAGGCUUCCACAGUCUUCUACGAUACUCCGGCCACAAUUGGUAACUAUGCAUCCAUCUGUCUUCCUUUGGUCGCUAUGAACGGUUUGGGCUUUCAGCUGUUUUGAUUCCUACGGCUUUUCCACUUGUUUUACCUCCCCGAUCUCGUUGCUAUUGCUGUGUUUUGGUGCGAAACUCUGAGUGUGCUGCUCAAGCUCUGGGAUACCUAUAACUUGGUUGACGUUGUCGACAAGGCGGAGAUCUGUGGAUGUGUGUUGGGUGGGAAUUUUCUUUCAUCACGGUAUCCUCGAAGUGAGACCACAUAGGCCGCCAAUUGGUGGAGGUUCUUCGUGUUCACACAUCAUCGGGUCCUUCUUUUGCGGCGAGUGAUGGUUUCGAGACCAUAGUUUAAUGCCCGCAUGAUAAAUUUCUCAACAAGGGAAAGAGGCAUCUUGAUGACUUUCACCACACUACCCAUUCUGAAAUUCCAAUACUAUGAGUUUUCUCUAUACAUGUCGUUUCCAAGCAUUCAUGGAGGGGCAUUAUUCAGUAAUAAAUAACAUUAGGCUCCUCGUUUUUCUUCAAUCAUUGAAUGAAAAAUUUGGUGGAGACAGUAGCAUCAUUGAAGCACAUGCAGAUUGAGAUCGUAGAAACAUGAGCUCGUGAUGUUCUGCUGCUUGUUUUCUGUGGACUAUUAACCUCAGCCCUCAAAUAGACACGUUGAACAAGAAACUUUUGUGGGCAUUAAUAAUAAAAGUAGAAAAUAAAAGUACUGAUGUGAAGUUCAUGGCAUGCAAAUGGGCAUGUGCUUGUUACAGAGAAAGGGGGGGGCUUUGUUUCCCUUGAUUCCAUUUUCUUGGUUACUCAUGCAUCACAAUGCCUAAGCUAAGUUUUUAUUAAAAAAAUGGAGGCUCACCCCGAUGGUAGGGUGAAGAAAGACAAGAAAGCUCACAAAUAAAAAAGCACAGUUGUUCUUCUUUCUCCCAUUUUGAGUUGCAUUUCAGUUUUUCUUUUUUGCUUCUGAUUUCAGGCUCUUCAAGUUUAUGUCACUUCCAAAGCCAAACUCUUUUUCUUUCCCCAUUCUCUUAGGGAGCCAGAAUUUUGCUGCAAGUUAAAGCGCAGCAAGUUAUUUAUUUAUCUAUCUAUCUGAUAUUUUUUCUAUGUGUCUUUCCCAGAUAAAGCAGAGAGAUUAAUUGCAGAAGCUGCUGGAUAUGGAUCACAGUUAGUGGUGUUUCCCGAAGCAUUUAUUGGCGGUUAUCCCCGUGGGUCAACAUUUGGCGUCAUUAUAGGCAGCCGUUCAGAGAAAGGAAAGGAAGAAUUCCGUAAAUAUCAUGCCUCUGCAAUUGAUGUUCCUGGUGCGGAACCUUUUAUGCCCGUUUUUCUUGCAACUCUUUCAUAGAGAGUUAGCCUUCAUUAUCCCCAUCAAACGGGAAUCUGAUGCACGUUAUAUGCACCCAUCAUUCGUCUCAUUAUCUUGUGUGUGCUGAUUCUCUGUUGACAUCGCUGAUACUCUUUCUAGGCAUGAACCAUGGAUAUAACAACCUAUUUCAAUUGAUCAUUUUGGUUAUUUCCUUAUUUUUGUGUGAAGAACCCAGCAUGGUCCGGACUGGUCUAGUUUUUUUUUUUUUUCCUUCCAUUUAUUGUUAUGAUUCAUUUUCCUCUGACAGGGUCCGAGGUCGAUCGUCUGGCUGCAAUGGCUGGAAAAUAUAGAGUAUUCCUGGUCAUGGGUGUGAUAGAAAGAUCGGGGUACACUCUCUACUGCACCGUCCUUUUUUUCGACCCUCAGGGCCGUUACCUGGGGAAGCAUCGUAAGCUCAUGCCCACUGCCUUGGAGCGUAUAAUAUGGGGCUUUGGGGAUGGAUCCACCAUCCCAGUCUAUGAAACCCCAAUUGGGAAGAUAGGCGCUCUUAUCUGCUGGGAGAAUCGAAUGCCUCUGUUAAGAACAGCAUUAUAUGGCAAAGGUAAGCUGAUAAUACCAUGGUUCUCACGGAUUUUUACUCUUGAUAAGAUUCAUGUUCACAUUCCUGCACUUAAGUCUAUGUUUUUUAGCUAUCCUUUCCUAACAUGGCAUCGACAUCCUGGUGUUCUUCAGGAAUCGAAAUAUAUUGUGCUCCAACAGCAGAUGCCCGAGAAGUGUGGCAGGCGUCCAUGACCCACAUCGCCGUGGAGGGAGGAUGCUUUGUUCUGUCGGCUAAUCAGUUCUGCCGCAGGAGAGACUACCCGCCAGCACCGGAUUAUGUGUUUGGAGUGUCGGAUCAUGAGCUCUCACCCGAUUCUGUUGUGUGUUCCGGAGGAAGUGUGAUCAUCUCACCCUCAGGAACCAUCUUGGCAGGACCGAAUCAUGAUGGGGAGGGUCUCAUCUCAGCCGACCUAGGUACAAAGAACCCUAUUUUCUUUUUCUGUACCUGUGUGAUUUUUCAAAAAUUAUUGACUUUCGGAUCCGGAUUUCCCACCUUAGUAAUCUUCUCCGGGAUUCAAUUGGUUGAGGUCCUGGUUCCUGAUCUUAAACUGUUCAUCCGAAAGAAACUUUUUUUUUGGAUUGAGCUGGGGUAAAAUUUCAUGGAUACAGAUAUCUGAUUGCCUUUCUUCAUCUGUAGAUCUCGGAGAAAUUGUUAGGGCCAAGUUUGACUUCGAUGUGGUGGGACACUACUCGAGACCUGAUGUGCUGAGCCUGGUGGUGAAGGAUCAUCCACUGAACCCUGUUUCGUUCGAAUCCUCCAUGGAGACUCUCAAGUUCUCAUAG